AUGAAACAACCUACGAAUGAAGAACAGCAACAUUAUGUCAAGCGCACCGAAGAUGCUGCAGUAUUGGAAUCCUUCAAAGAUGCGGAGGCAAUGACGGAGCCGAGUCUCAAAUCCAGACUCGUCGCUCGUUUCGGAGGGCACGAAGAAGAAAGCAAUGCUAGGCCGACACUUGCGGCGGAGACUAGGAAAUCUCUCGACGAAGAAGACAAUGUCGCUAUUCCAACCCCUAUCGAUGCGACAAUCCCCUGGAAGAUUGUGGCUCCCGACGGCCGCGUGCGAAACAUACGUCAACCCAUUCACGGCUUCGAGCACCUAUUUGACGGGCCAGAUGACUUCCAGGAAGUUCCCAACUCCGGCCGUUCGUGUAAUGCGCCCAGCUUCGCCUAUCAGCCACAGCUUUCGCAAGCACCGGGUCAGACGCCCAUGUUGUACACCUCGGAAUGCCAUCUGAAUAGUGCCGCAGGAACGCCACAGCACAUGUUCGCCUACAAUAACCAUCAGCAACCACGUAGCAAGCACCUACAUGAGAUCAAGGUACCCUCAAAGAGGAAGACCGUACUGAAGCGCAAUGUGCUGAAGAGGACCCGCUCUGUCGCCCAGGAACUUGCCCAGCAUCCGAGCCCACAUGAGGCUACCGACGACGACCAGGCCAACACCAAGAGCGGCGGAGAUGAACUUGACAAUGAAGUCGCCGUAGUCACCGAGGCAUCGAAAACUUUUCAUAUCGGCGAUAUCGAAGCACUCCAAGUCUUUUUCCGCCAGCGCAUCGAUGAGCUUACCAUGAAGCCCGUACGUGGCAUGGUCACCUCUUGGGUCAAGCAGUUGGAACCCAAACGCAAGGGCGGUUACGGCCCAUAUCACAAGAUGCUUCCAUCCGAAGCACCAGAGGAUGCUACUCCACCUUGGUGGCCACACAAUGUGCCGUACAUCGAGCCCGCGCACCUCGACAAAGAUGGUCUCCUGAGCUUAGCCGUGGAAAUCAUGAUGCAGCACCGGGAUGUUCCCAUCGACGAAUGGAAACGUCAACAAUCAUGGUCCCACAAGCUCCGACAGGUAGCACAGUUCGAGAUCGAGAUGACGCCCCAAGAACAAUACUCAUCGUCUCGAAACCCUGCCUUCAGCAAACUGAUGAAAGAGCGAGCCCAGAACGGUAUCAUACCGAGCCUCUUCGACGUAUCUCAAUCUUACGAGGAUCACGUCAACCAGUAUAGCCUGUGGUCAUACAAGAACAUCAAAGACUUCCCCAAAGGCAAGGCCGUCACGUGGCAACUUGUGCCUCGGCCACCGAAGCAGAUAUCCCACAAGAGACCUCGUUCCGCGCCACGACCCAGGGUCAAACGAGAGGAGAUGAUCAUCGAGGCUCUAGUCGAGAGUUCGGGUGACGAGACCGAGCCAGACGACACAAUGUACCGACUUGCUGCUCAAAUCAUACGCAAGAAAGAGGCAAAAGAGGCCCAGCGCAAAGCCAGAGCGGCAGCCGGAUUUUCGACACCUACCACACGAGCGCCAUCUGUCCAACGUGCCUCCCGAGAGCAGACGGUCGAAGCCCCAUCACCCCCAGUGGCCAGUCAAAGAUCUGCUCCAGUGACACCUCAAGCUGAACCCCAGCAUAGGCAAGACCCCAUCAUGGACGGUGGCAAGCCUGUCGUAAGUGCGUCAUUUGAUCAGUCGAUGGACCAUCUACGUCUUCAGGAUGAGGCCAACAGAGGAAAGUUCCUUCAAUGUCAGCAUCGAGCCCAAUCCACUCAUCUUUCGGGGCAAUCUUUCGAUGAGAGUCUGCAAAAUGGCGGUUCUGCCUCUUCUCGGUUAGAACAAAAAGAUGCUGAAGAAGCCAAUCUUGACACGCUCAGUGGCCAGGACCAGGAGGUUCGUCGAGACAUGCAAGCCCUGGAUGAGCUCACACAUCACAACGCAACACCAUCUCCCUACCUCGACACCGCAAGCAAGAUUGAUGAAGACGAUGCCAAAGAAGAUUUCAGUUCGGGGCCGACGAGCGAAGACCAGCAAACACAUGGCGACAUGCCGAUCCUCGACGAGCGGAUGAACUACCAGGAGGGUCAGCCUGUCUUCGUCAACACUUACCAAUCGCCACAAGGCAGCGGCCCUUACGCUGGCCAGGAGGGAUCGCCAUUUACACAGUUCACUAACAACAACUUCAUCGAUCCUACACACAUGCCGAUGUUCAGUGCCUUUCACAUGCAGAUGGCGCAACCUUACGACCACAACAUGACAUCACUCAACAUGCACAUGGUCUACCCAUACAGUUCGGACAGUGCCUACAACCCAAUGGGCGUUACUGCGUCACCAGCAGCGGUCAACUCCUUCGGUGGCCUUCCUUAUGAGUUUUCAGGAUCACAACAUUAA